AUCAGUUAGUAACUCCGCGAAAUAGUAGUGAAAGUGAUGUAGGAAAAACCAUUUUUAUUUAUUCUACACCUUUUACUUCUGUUAUUGGUUCCCUAUCACUGAACUUGGGCAUUAGCUAAACACCAAUGUGGCAUUUUCUUUGUGAUGAUCGGCUGUUCAUUGAAGAAAUAUGUCGUGAUAUCCACAGCUCAGAUUCUGAAUGGAAGAUUAUACUGCUAAGAUACUUUAAUCCUGUUGGUGCACAUCCCAGUGGCCAUAUUGGUGAGGAUCCCCGUGGAAUUCCAAACAAUCUGAUGUCUUUUGUACAACAAGUGGUUGUUGGCGAGCACCCAGCCUUGACUGUAUUUGGAAAUGAUUAUUCAACAAAAGAUGGUACCAGGAUGGCUUCUAAACCACUUACAGGCGAGGCAAAUGCUCUUACAGAGAAGAAAAUGGACAUGGGAUUAGGGUUAGAGUUCCACCAGUUCAGCGAAGGUCUCCAAAUGGACACUUUGCUGCAAAGGUAUUUCUUCCAUCCUGUGACUGGGGGCUAUUCGCCCCAGCAGUGGCACCAGGAUGAGGAGCAACAGGGUAAGUCAGUGCCUAAGCAGAAGCCUCGAACACUAGACUCGCGGUUUGCCCACGUGAAGGAAGAGCGAAUGCGGGUCUUUUCAGACAAGAACAAUGCUGUGCAACGCAAUGGCAAUGGUGGCUGGCAAAGUUCACCAUCGACAAGACGCCAGUUUGAUAACUAAUUCCACAUUUGUUGAUAAGAUGGAGUCAUUCGGUUACACAUGAUGAGAUGGAGUCCUACAGUUGCAGCAUACCUUUUCUCCAAAGUUCAGCGCCAUUUUACAUUUUCUAGUUACUUGUUUUACGCAACAAUCGGAUUUUACUCACUGACUAACCCUGAAACUCUUAUAUUCACAAAUAGCAUCAGUUAUUUAUGUCUCCAAACACAUGAAAUAAUCUUCUUUUCUUCCA